AUGGAGAACAUCAACCCGACAAGCCCACCGAAACCCUAUGAGCACUUCGACAUGAUAUGCGGCACCUCCGCCGGUGGACUCAUUGCUAUCAUGCUUGUGCAGGAAUACAUCGACGAAUACUUGAAACUCUCGCCGCUCAUCUUCGUCAAAACGAAGCAUCGCCUAAGGUUCGAUGCUUCAGUUCAGGGCCGAUUCGAUCAUGAAGCAUUCGAACGAGGCAUUCAAAGCAUGUUGGUCAGGUAUGGUUUCAGUGAAGAUGCUUUGUUCAGAGAAGAACAGGCGGACCCUCCCUGCAAGGUGUUUGUAUGUGCAACCAGCUACGUGCACCGAGGCGUAGCCAUCCUAUCGAACUAUUACUCCGAUCGGCGGGAUAGUGAGUUGUGGAACACUGCCAAAAUAUGGGAGGUUGCUCGCGCCACAUCGGCUGCCCCGAGCUUCUUUGACCCCAUCACAAUCAGUGGUGAGAAAUUUGGUGACGGAGGCCUUGGAGCAAACAACCCCGUGCAAGAACUUGAAGAAGAGGCAAGAGAUGUGUGGGGGAGAAGAGACCCGACCUGGAACUUCGAGGCAAACGUACGAUGUCUGGUAUCGGUCGGAACCGGCAAACUUGCCCUGGAACUUUUCCAUGAGACCUUAAAGGGCCUCAAGAUGUUGAAGUCGCUCCAAGGUAUCCUCACGGAGACCAAAAAGACCGCGAAUCAUUUCCACAAGAUCCAUACGGAUCUCUUCCAGAAGAACUAUGCCUUCCGUUUCAACGUGGAUCAGGGACUGGAAGAAGUCGGACUGGAGGAGACCAAUGAGAUUGACAAUGUCAAGGCGGUGACAAGGAAGUAUCUCAGUAAGGAAACUGUCUACAUUGCUUUGGGACAUUGUGUCCAGCAACUAAAGGACCGAGGGUACUUUUCAAACGAGGAAGCAUAUUGA